UUCUACCUGUCCCAAUGGAGAUCACAGGUGAUGAUGGGAGUGGAAUCCUCCUUGCUUGCACAGCAGAGCAGCCUCCUCCGCAGAGUCCUCGCAUGCAUCCUCUCCUUCCUUGGCGGCGACCAUGUCCAGCGCCGCUGGCGUCGGUGGUGGCUCGCUGUACGUCCCGAUCCUCAACAUCGUGGCCGGGCUGAGCCUCAAGACCUCCGUGGCGUUCUCGACGUUCAUGGUGACCGGCGGCACGCUGUCCAACGUGCUCUACACCCUGCUGGCCCGCGGCCCCGGGCUGAUCGACUACGACGUCGCCGCGGUCUCGCAGCCGUGCCUGCUCCUCGGGGUGAGCGUCGGGGUGGUGUGCAACAUCAUGUUCCCUGAGUGGCUCAUCACCGUGCUCUUUGCCACAUUCCUCUCCUUGGCAACAUUCAAGACAUGCGGCACCGGGUUAAAGCGGUGGCGUGCGGAGUCGGCAGCGACGGCCAGGGGGCCGAGGAAGCGCUGCUUAUUGGCCAGAAAGAAGGGGCUGGCCAUGAAAUAUUUGAGGUCGUGCUUAAUUAUGAAAAAGUAA